UGGACUGCGGCUGGGGACGCGGCGAGAGGCGCGCGCAGCGACCGUCCGAAGUCCGGCGCUCAGUCUAAGCGCCCCUGGGCCUCCCCUCCCCCGAGACGCCGCCGGACCCUCCUCCGCGCUGCGGACACACACCCCCGCCUCGGCUCCUCCGCCUCCCCGCGCUCCCGCCGGCGGCCGGGCCAGCCCCGGCGUGGCGCGGCUCCCGCCACGAUGAGUGGCUCCUUCGAUCGCAAGCUCAGCAGCAUCCUCACCGACAUCUCCAGCUCGCUGAGCUGCCAUGCGGGCUCCAAGGACUCGCCCACCCUGCCCGAGUCGUCCGUCACCGACCUGGGCUACUACAGUGCCCCCCAGCACGACUACUACUCGGGCCAGCCCUACGGCCAGACGGUGAACCCCUACACCUACCACCCCCAGUUCAACCUCAACGGGCUCGCGAGCACGGGCGCCUACUCGCCCAAGUCGGAAUAUACCUACGGGACCUCCUACCGGCAGUACGGAGGGUACCGGGAGCAGCCGCUGCCCGCCCAGGACCCAGUGUCGGUGAAAGAGGAGCCGGAAGCCGAGGUGCGCAUGGUGAACGGGAAACCCAAGAAGGUCCGCAAGCCGCGCACCAUCUACUCCAGCUACCAGCUGGCCGCCCUGCAGCGCCGCUUCCAGAAGGCCCAGUACCUGGCGCUGCCCGAGCGCGCCGAGCUGGCCGCGCAGCUGGGCCUCACGCAGACACAGGUGAAAAUCUGGUUUCAGAACCGCCGCUCCAAAUUCAAGAAGCUCUACAAGAACGGGGAGGUGCCCCUGGAGCACAGCCCCAACAACAGCGACUCCAUGGCCUGCAACUCGCCUCCGUCACCCGCCCUCUGGGACACCUCCUCCCACUCCACUCCGGCCCCUGCCCGAAGCCAGCUGCCCCCGCCGCUCCCGUACAGUGCCUCCCCCAGCUACUUGGACGACCCCACCAACUCCUGGUACCACGCACAGAACCUGAGCGGACCCCACUUACAGCAGCAGCCGCCUCAGCCGGCCACCCUGCACCAUGCCUCGCCGGGGCCCCCGCCCAACCCUGGGGCUGUGUACUGAGCACCCACCUGGCCUGAACCUCCCACGAAGGACUCCCGGGACCAGACAGAAGGCGUCUCUGUCCUCGCCGACACUCAGGAAUCAUCGAGGAGCACUGGGGAAAGGGAACGCCCCUUCCCCUGCCCUUGUCCCUUCCUCCAGGGACCCAAGAGCUCCAGAUGAAAUUUGCAUGGGCCACGGAUGUCCCCUGAACCUCUGUCCCCCUGCCUAGACACUGGGGUACCCUUCCAGAUGCUGGGACACCCCACUCCAGCUGGGACAGGUGCUCUCCUGUCCCAGGGGCCUGGAUUGGCUUUACGUGGCUUGUCACCUUGCCGCCUCUAACACUUAGUACUUGUUUCCCAGACUGGAGACCGUGGGGGCUGGGGGACUGGGGAGUGUUUGCCGGUCGGGCCUGGUCUGGGACACCAGGCAUUGUGGGUGCCGGGGCCUGCCAGGCCUGGUUCCUCCUACGUGAACUGUGGCCCCCUCUUCCUGAGCAUCCCCGCUGCCAAAGAGACAUUGAACGUGGAGACUGGGACUCAGGGUGGGACCCCAGCCAGCCCCCGCCCCGCACUUGCAGCCCUCAUUUAGGAUUUGAGGGUCAAAGCAAGGAAAGUGGAGGGGGAUAUUUUAAUAUUUGGGGCGUCAGAGGCAAGAACUCCAGGAGUCAUCUCCCUCCUCUCCCGGCUCUGGUUGGAGAGGAGCGGUGGGUCUUAGAAGUCUUUCCUAAGGACCCAUUUCUUCUUCUGUGUACAGGACUUUGCACAACUUUGGUUUUAAAAGCUGUUGAAAAAUAGGAAAACAAAGGGCAUUGUUAACAGAUAGGAUCAAUCUCCCCUCAGUAGGCACCUCUGCUCUGCCCCCCCCAUCCUCUCCCCCCACCUCUUCCUCUCCCCCCACCCCACC